AUGAGUCAAAGUCAGAGAGAUUCCAUCAUUCAUCUAGUCGCAGGGGGUGUUGCCGGAACGACCGGCGCCAUCGUGACCUGCCCCCUGGAAGUGGUGAAGACCCGCCUGCAGUCUUCCAAAAGCGGCUUCGUGUGUCCCCCCGUGCCCGGCGAGAGCCCCGUGCCUCGCACCACGUGCCGCACCGUACCCCCCCAGCGGCGCCGCCUAUGGACCACGUGCCACAACGGGCGGCCUCAGGUGGUCGCCCUUUCCGGGUGCACUUCGGUGCCCGGGCAGUCGUUGAGUAUUGUGCAGUGUCUGAGGCAUAUCGUGAGGCAUGAGGGGCCCAUGGCGCUGUUCAAAGGUCUGGGUCCCAACCUGGUGGGCGUGGCCCCAUCGCGGGCCGUCUACUUCUGCACCUACUCGCAGGCGAAGCUGUUCUGGAACGGGCUACUGCCGCCUGACUCGCCCGUGGUGCAUGUGUGCUCAGCUUCGUGCGCCGGUUUCGCUGCCAGCACAUUGACCAAUCCCAUCUGGUUCGUGAAGACGAGGCUGCAGCUGGACGUGAACGGGCAAAGCGGUGAUACGGCGAUGCAAGUGGUGCGCAGGAUAUACGCGCAGUCGGGCUUUCUGGGCUUCUACAAAGGCAUAACCGCCUCUUACAUGGGCAUAACCGAGACGAUAGUCCACUUCGUGAUAUACGAGGCGAUCAAAGCGGAGCUGAUGGCGCACCGAUCGCACGUUAGCGACGAAAAGAGCUCAAAGGACUUCCUGGAGUUCAUGAUGGCGGGCGCCAUUUCCAAGACAGUUGCUUCUUGCAUCGCUUAUCCCCACGAAGUGGCCAGAACGCGCUUGAGGGAGGAGGGAAACAAGUACACGGGGUUCUGGCAAUCAUUGGGGUUGGUUUUCAAAGAGGAGGGCGUUCGAGGGAUAUACAGGGGGUUGACGACGCAGUUGGUCCGGCAGAUUCCUAAUACGGCGAUUAUGAUGUCCACAUAUGAGGCUGUCGUUUAUAUUUUGACGACUAGGUUCAAUACGGAGUUUUAUGGAAAAGAGGAGGAACAGUAG